GCAAGUAAUUAAGCUAACGUGUUCUUCUACAGACGAGCGAGUGAAGUGAACGAGCCAAGCGCACACCACCACGCUCAUUCAACUUCCUUCACAAAAACCACAAGACGAUCAUUGGAGUCUUCCGGAUCAACUCCAUUCACACAAUCCAAUUCCUCACAUAUCCUUCAAAUAUUCCCUUUUUCAUCUAAUCCCACUGUGAAGUUUCCUGGAUCUUUAUCGGUCUCUGGCAGCCGCAGCACCGAAGGAGGAUUUAAAAGGGUCACUUUGUACUAACCCAAUUGGAGAUAAUUUGAGAGCUCUACUGUGUUUGAUGACAAUGCCAAACAGAUUUUCAGAUUUGGUUCUCCGCUAAAAAUGUACUUUAUCUCCCGUGAGGCUUCCAUUAACAGCAUGGGUUAUUCAAUGAGUAGGUUGAAUAUAGAUUCUGAACAAUUAUGCGACAGUGACAAUACCACUUCUGAAGCUGAUGGCAGCCUUAGGCCGCAGAAGCCAUUCAAUUCUCUUGACCAUGAAUUUGCUCAGUCGACAAAGCUCAAAUCAGCGCCCCAUGAGCAUCUGAGCCAGGUCCUGCCGGGUAAACGGGAGCGUAAUGUUUCGACAGUUAAGAUGUUGGCGGGACGAGAAGGUAAUUAUUCGGGAAGAGGGAGGUUCUCAACAUCAGACUGCCGUCAUGUUCUAAGUAGAUAUUUGCCCGUAAAUGCUCCUUCUGUUGUAGACCAGAUGCCAACCAGGGCUUAUGUUUCUCAGUUUUCAGCAGAUGGUUCCCUUUUUGUUGCGGGGUUUCAGGGAAGCAACAUUAGAAUAUAUAAUGUGGAUAAAGGUUGGGAAGUUCAGAAGAAUAUUCUUGCGAAAAGUUUACGAUGGACAAUUACCGAUACAUCCCUUUCCGCGGAUCAACGCUAUCUGGUUUAUGCCAGCAUGUCACCAAUAGUCCAUAUUGUUAAUAUUGGAUCCGCUGCAACAGAGUCUCUUGCAAAUAUCACGGAGAUUCAUGAUGUUUUGGAUCUUUCUGCUGAUGACGAUGGAGGAUAUUCCUUCGGAAUAUUUUCUGUGAAAUUUUCAACUGAUGGGCGAGAACUUGUUGCUGGUAGCAGUGAUGAGGCAAUAUAUGUUUAUGACCUUGAAGCAAAUAAACUCGCGCUUCGUAUCUCGGCACACACAUCUGAUGUUAAUACCGUGUGUUUUGCCGAUGAAAGCGGUCAUCUUAUUUAUUCUGGGAGUGAUGAUAAUCUCUGUAAGGUGUGGGACAGGCGCUGCUUUAAAGCAAACGGAAAGCCAGCAGGGAAUCUUAUGGGACACCUAGAAGGGAUAACAUUUCUUGACAGCCGUGGAGAUGGUCGUUAUUUCAUUUCAAAUAGUAAAGAUCAGACCAUUAAACUUUGGGAUAUCCGGAAGAUGUCCUCUAAUGCUAAUUGCAAUCCCGGGUUUAGGAACUACGAAUGGGAUUACAGAUGGAUGGAGUACCCACCCCAAGCAAGAAGUUUGAAACACCCAUGCGAUCAAUCAUUAGCUACUUACAAGGGUCACCAAGUGUUGCGCACUCUCAUUCGUUGUUACUUCUCGCCCGUGUAUAGCACUGGUCAGAAGUACAUCUACACUGGAUCUCAUGAUUCCUGUGUUUACGUUUAUGAUGUGGUGAGUGGUGCUCAAGUGGCGAGACUGGAGUACCAUAGAUUGACGGUAAGGGAUUGCAGUUGGCACCCGCAAUACCCAAUCCUUGUUAGCUCUUCUUGGGAUGGAGACAUUGCGAAAUGGGAAUUUCCUGGGACCGGUGAAGCGCCUGCUCCUUUGAUCAAGAAGAAGAAUAGGAGGAGUCAGUAUGACUGAGGGAUUAAGUCCUUUCAUUAUUGUGAUGUGCGGUCAGAUGUGAGGAAUUGUGUGAGGUCUACAGGAUACAUAAAAUGUUACUCCAUGUAAUAUGACUCAAUAAGGAAGCAUUACAAUUGUGUGACGUACUUUACUCUUCAAUUUGAUUGUACAUAGACAAGUCACUACCGUUAGCGUGAAAUUGGUACUCAUUUGUAAUA